AUGUAUGCCGAUAUGAUUUGUGAUGUUAUGCCACCAAUACCUGAAGAUGGUGGUGGCAAUGGUACCAAUCUGGAAGGUACUGGAUCAGAUAAUGGUGAAGAAGCUGAAGCUAAUAUUGAACAGUUAAUGGUAUCAAUGCUUGAAGAACGUGAUAAACUACAAGAAAAAUUACGUGAAACAGAAGAUACAUUAAAUACAUCACAACAAAAAUUAGUUGAAGUCGAAAAAGAACGUGAUGUUUUAUUACGUCAAUUAUCACUUAAUGCUCCACAGGUUUGUAUUUAUAAUACCAUUGUUAAUUGUUUUCGUUUUUGUAAGUUAUUAAAUCAUGAUCGAAACAAAAGAAAGAAAACUAAAAAAAUCCCAGCUUAUUAUAUUCACAAAUCACGUAAAUCUUGA